UCCAGAUGCCUAGAAGGGCCCGGGGGUCAAGUUGAGAGUUAGUGGCGAGUCAGUGACGCAGUUCCGUCUCCGCUGUGUUCCGAGAUGUGAGUCUGGCGCUUUCGACGAGAGCGAUAGGACACCCCCUUAGGAACUUCCUCACCAAACCCUAGGAAGAGAUCAGGCAAGAUUUUUGUGCUGGGCAGAUUCUUCGGACUAAGGCUCUGCUGGCCAGGUAUUCCCUCUUAUUCGUCACUGUAUUGCAGCUAAUCAGUAACCAAGGGCCAUGUGACUGCUGCUCACAGAAACCCAAACAGGCAGGUAAUGCUGAUGGUGGAACUGAGGAGGUGUUGAUCCCAAAAUCACUCCUAAAAACGUGAGAAUCUUACACUUUGAAGAGAAACACAGAGGUGUUUCCAGGGAAGUAAAAAUUUAGAAAGCUCUUCUGAAGAGGAAGAGAAGAUUCAACAGGCCAUUGUGAUGCUUCAAGCAAGAGAAAAUGAGGAGAAAGACGAGAAGCUUCAGGCAUAAGAUAGUUAAAGACAAUAAAACACUUACAGAAGUGAGUGAGCAUGAAUAUGAAAAAGAUGGUAGUGAGUGCUUGGAUCCUGCAACGAAUAUGAGAAUUCAGGCUGAAAAGAAACAGUAUAUAUGUACUGAGUGUGGGAAAGCCUUUAGUCAGAGUGCAAAUCUUACAGUACAUGAGAGAAUCCACACAGGAGAGAAACCCUAUAAGUGUAAGGAAUGUGGAAAAGCCUUCAGUCAUAGCUCCAACCUUGUUGUUCAUCGGAGAAUCCACACUGGACUGAAGCCCUACACAUGCAGUGAAUGUGGGAAAUCUUUCGGUGGUAAGUCUCACCUCAUUCGGCACCAGGGAAUCCAUAGUGGGGAGAAAACUUAUGAAUGUAAGGAGUGUGGGAAAGCCUUUAGUCGGAGUUCAGGUCUUAUUUCACAUCAUAGAGUUCACACUGGGGAGAAGCCCUACACUUGUAUCGAGUGUGGGAAAGCCUUUAGCCGUAGUUCAAACCUUACUCAGCAUCAAAGAAUGCACAAAGGAAAAAAAGUUUACAAAUGUAAGGAGUGUGGGAAAACAUGUGUUUCUAAUACAAAGAUUAUGGACCAUCGGAGAAUUCACACAGGGGAGAAGCCUUAUGAGUGUGAUGAGUGUGGAAAAGCUUUCAUUUUAAGGAAGACCCUUAGUGAACAUCAGAGACUUCACCGUAGAGAGAAACCUUACAAAUGUAAUGAAUGUGGGAAAGCUUUUACUUCUAAUCGAAACCUUGUUGAUCAUCAGAGAGUUCACACUGGAGAAAAACCUUAUAAAUGUAAUGAAUGUGGCAAAACCUUCAGGCAGACUUCUCAAGUUAUUCUACAUUUGAGAACGCACACUAAGGAAAAGCCCUUUAAAUGUAGUGAGUGUGGGAAAGCCUAUCGUUACAGCUCACAGCUUCUUCAACACCAGAGAAAACAUAAUGAGGAGAAAGAAACAUCAUAAAUAACAUAUAUUGUUGGUAGUAGGCCUAAUUGCUACUUUUUGGAAAAACAAUUUUUCAUUAUUCUUGACCUUAAUUAAAUUUCUAUGACUCUAUACAGGGAAAGUAACCAGAAGCAGACAAAGAUGAUCAGAGGGAUAUUCAUACUAGCAUCAUAUAUAACUGAAGGAAGAGAACUAGAUUUUCAGUAGCAUAGGGUUUAAAUGAAUGGUGGUCUAUCUACAUGAUGGUUUUAUAGCCGUUAUAAACAUUUUUAAAGAAUAAUGCCAUGAGGAAAAUUAUUUGUAUAAAAUGGAAGAUAAAGAGAAAACAAAUUUGAUCCAAAAUUUUUUUUGAUGCAAAUUUUUUAAAAACAUGUACCUAUAGGAGAAAAAUUUGAAUGAAAUAAUACCAAACCAAAACGUUAACAGUGAUUAUCGUUGGGUGGUAGGAUUAUAGGCGAUUUCUAUUUUCUCUAUACUUUUCUAUGCUUUUUAGAUUUUCUACAAGAAUAUACUACUUUUAUAUUCAGGAAAGAAGUACAGUAUUUUUUAAAUACAAUAAUUUCAUGUUCAUUUUCACUCAUCAGUGUUAUGAAAGGCAUGUAGAACAUGGGCCCUAAACUCAUGGGAUUCCACCCUAAUACUGGCACUUGGUAGUGGUGGAAGCAUGAGCAAGUCACUUCCUUUAAGAGCCUGUUUCCUGUUUGUUAAAUAAUAAACAUCAGUUGUUGGUCUUUUGCUGUUUUAAAAUAAGCUGACAUUUUUAAACUCUUAGGCUAAAAGAACAACAAAAAUUUACCACAUUCUCCUCUCCCACGGUUGUGAGAUCUGCAGGUAAUAGAGACUUCAUAUUUUCGAUAUAUAUUUACAAAACCAGAAAAAAUAACCCCUUAUGAAAUUGAAACAAUUGCAGGUACAUAGCCUGUAAAGAUGCACUCAGCAUAAUCUAAAACGAGGGGAAGACUCUGACUUCUCAUCUAUAAUUUGGUAUCUUAAAUUUCGGACUUUGGGAUCAGAGUAUGUAUUCUGAUCCCAGAUCUGCCACGCACUAGCUUGUCAAUUAUGGACAAGUCACUUAACUGCAUUGAGCCUUAGACUUAUCUGCAAAAGGGAAUAACUACCUACUUCACAGGGUUGUGAGGAUUUAAUGAGAUAAUUCAUGUAUUAUUUGAUAAGACUGGCAUAUAAUAAAUGAAAAUAGCUCAACUGUGGGACAUCAGAGCAGUGUUUCUAAACUCUUAGGAAAAGUUUUACCUAAGGUAGCAUUUAGGACAUUUUUAGGUGUAAUGAGCAAAAUAUCAAGAACUAGUAGCUAAAACCUUAAGAACAUUGAUUGUUUACUUAUGGGGAAGUCUAGAGGUAAGCAUUCCCAAAUUUGGUUUGACAACUGAGCAAUUCAUCAAACUUAGGUCUUCAUUCCAAAAUUUUCAGCAUAUUGGAUUUCGUUUUUUGCAGUCUCCCGGUUGUAAGAUGUUGGCCAUAACUGGGAACUCUACUCUUCACAACUCUUUCAGAGUCAGGAAGUGAGGAAAGGAGCUAAGGCUUUCUGAUCUAUUUGCCUUCUCCCUUAUAUCGUUGAGGAAAUGUUUCUUGGGAGAAGGGAGGGAUGCUGUGCAGUCAGUGCUACAGGCGCUCACUAGCUUCCUCUGCCUUUAUGUCUGGGCCUUUGAGAAGGCCUUAACCGAUUUUCAGCGUUUUAAACUCUGAGUCCUUAGCUCAAGAUCCCACGGGGAACACUUAGAAUCUGCCCAUUCUUAAAUGCAGUCACCUCUCUUUCUUCAUAUAUAGUGAAUUCUUAAGCCUAAUGCCAUUUGUCUUAUGCACAUGGUGAUUAUUCUUAUCCCAUUCAAUCUUUUAACAUUUGUACAAGAAAAUUGAGUCUCAUUGAGGUUAGGUGACUCAGUAGUUAGUGCUUGGAGGCAGGAUUUGAACUCAAAUCUGAGUUUUAAGUCCAUGCUUCCUUCAUGAUACCAAAGUGCCUCUGCCCACCAUAACAGUUCUGUAUGUGAGUGGGAAAUCAGUUGGGACUCUCCUGAGUAGACGCCUCAAUGAAAGGUAAUUGUAUCUGGAUAAUCAUUUGAUCAUAGUUUCAUAAGGAAGAUGCUAUCUGUCUUCUCUGAGUUUAAUUUAUGGCUUAUCUCUGCACCUUGUAAUUUAGUUUUAAGAAUUAUAUAUUUCUUCCUUGCUGUUAUUGGAGACAAGCAGAAGGUUGUAAAGGGUAUUGUGUGAAAAGGGUUUGGUUUUGUCCUAUUUUGAUAGGAUAGUGGCUUAUAUUCAGUUUUGGGAUGUUAUAAUCCCUCUUUGCAUGGUUAUUCAAAACAAGGUCUAGAGGUUAGUCCCUCUUUGUAUAGUUACUCAAAACAAGGUUUGCUGCAUUCAGGGAUAGGACUGUUUGGUAGGCACUUCCCCAAGAGUGGUUGGACAUGAGGGUAGGAUAACCCACAUGUGGCAGUGGGUUACAUUACUGUAGUACUAAGUGUCCUUCCACCAUUUUUCCCUUGUCUUGUGUCCUUUUAAAAUUAAGGGAGGUGUUUGUAAUUAGUAUCCCAUGCCUUUUGUCUCGCCAGCCAUCCUCACCCGCUGAUUACCUCUGUGGAAACUCCCCAUGACUAAUGUCUACUGGUGGCCAAAACUAAGAAAACAGGCAGUUGGCUUAUUAUAUAACUAUCAGAGUUUAUUUUUUGAACAUUUAUUAUCACCAAGCAGAGUUGUUGAUAUUUCCUAUGUUGCCAAGCAGGUAUUCUGAGAUACUUUCCUAUCACUGUCUCAUAGCAUCUGAGAUUCUUUCAAAUAGGCUUUCUUUUUCAUCUUAAAGAUUUUUGUGAUCUUCAAGAGUAAAUACCUUUGGAAGGAUACUGUGUCAUCUCAAACCCAGCAAUCUGAAUACAGAUCUUCACAUAUCUUGCCCCAGGCAAGGUAAGAUAAUAAACCCUCACCCAUUUUCUAGUCUGAUACCUGUCUUGAGCUGCAAGAGUAAAUGCUGUAAGUGGUCCCCAUGCCCUUUCAGACGAAUAUUCUGCACUAUAAUUUGAACUGAUUAUCCACCUUCCUCCAGGGGUCUUUCAAAACCAAAAGCUGUUGACUUCAGUCAGAGUUUAAUUAUGCAGUUCUUACCAUACUUUUAGGCCUUUCAAGAUGCACCCUGGAUUCAGGGUCUCUUUGUGUUUUUUCCAGCAUCCUGUGCUAAUGGAAACCUGGUUGUUCCUUAAUAGCAGUGCUUCUUCUGCAGCACCUCAUUUGUUAGUUUUUGUCUCCCUCAACCCAUUUUCCUGUCUUUACUGCUAUUUUUUCUCUAUUCUCCAUCAACCCAGCUCAUCAAAAACCCAGCUCUUUUGAAAUAUACAUCGCUGGAUUACUGUGUAUUACCCAGGACUGUUCUUGUUAUCUGCUGGCUUCCUGUGCACUCACACUUACUCAUUUAUGUCUUUAGUGCCCUGAAUAUUCUGGAGGAAUAUAAAGAGGUGAUAUUUUUAGCCAUAGACAUCCUGGUUAUGUAGAAUUGCUCUUGUGUAGAAUAGAGAUAUAUAUGUCCUCCUUUUAGUUGAGAUAAUGUGAAAUAAAAUCUCAUUUUAUAUAGCUUGAUUAAAGAGAAAUAUGAAAGACAAAGAAUUAAGCAUAGAGAGAAGAAUGUCUUCCUAGGUUUAGAGAUACUUUUUAUUGAUGGUAUGUACCGUAUUAGUUGUUACUUGGAACUGAGAAGAAAAUCAAAACCAAAAAGGGCUUUAAAUUCCAUAAGACUAAAUUUGAUUUCAGUUCUGUAACCUCAGUGACAGACUUCCUUUUUUAAAUUUUUCCAUUAAAUAUAAAUAAUUCCAUUUAAUAUAAGUGAAUAAAAUAGUAUGCUUGCAUUGUUCGAUUGUUUUCAGAAACUAGACUGUCUUUAAUCACCUGAUGUUAUAAAGCUGUUUUUGCAGGACAUAGUUAUAGUAUCUCCAAUAAAUCUGUUAUUAUUGUUAGAAAUACCACUGAAUUUUUUUUCUUGUUGCUUCCUUUGUUCAGAGUGGGAAGAAACACUUCAGUUUGCUUUUCUUUAGGCAGCUGUUUUUUGGAAUGAGCUGAUUUGGCUUAUUUCUGAUUUAAACACAACAUGCAGCUUGUUAUUUUCAUACUUCUACAUAAACAGGAGCUUUUUAGCCAAUAGAAAGUGUCUUGUAAUUUCCUUAAAGGACUUGUACAGCCUAUUAUUGUCCCAACUCCUUUUUUUGGCCCCAUCUGUGUUUCAAAUCUUUACUAUUAUGUAGACCUUAGAUGGCUAUAUAAAACCAGCCAUGUUCCCUGAUGUCUGUUUCUGCUCCAGAAAGUGGGUUUGUAAGUGGUAUAAAAGAGACGGCAGACUCCUUUCUGGGCAACACAGACAAUGACCUGACUAGUUCCCACUCUUCCCACUGACCGUUUAAAUGCACAUGGCACAGUUUGACCACAGGGAUUGUGUAGACAUAUAAAAGCUGUAACGUAUCUCUGAAACUAAGACCAGUGGACUCCAAAUCUGGGAACCACAAGAGGUAACAGCACACAUACAGAUCAACUUCUGAGGCCCACCAAAUCUGGACCAGGGUCUGGGAAUCUAUAUAAAACAAUGCUUUUGCAGUGGGAAUUGAAGAAAAUUUUUCAUUGGGAUCCUUGAUUCUUUACAUGACUACUGUGAUAAUUGUCCAUUUUUCCCUCAGAAGAAUCUAUAAAUUACAAAAUUACUGAGAUAAAUACUGAAGUUUGUAUAAUCAUGACAAAUUAGCAACCAGUUUACAGAGUAUGAAAUAAAAUGCUGUCACAUUUGCAGUGUUUGUUUUAUCACAAAA